AUGGAAUUUGAUACCAAAACCCCUCCCGUCUGCACAUCAGAUAAGGAGACAUUCGCAUACAUCUCCGCUUUAGAAAGAUGGCCUGUUAUUUUAACUGGCGCCAUCGACGACCUUCACCGUUCAGUCAUCAAGGCAACAGAUGAAGAGAAGCAGAAAGAGGGGAAGGAAAUACUCCAUGAACUAGCUGCAUUGAAGUACGAACUUCAACAUGGCCGGAAAUUGACCCCCCUCGCCGACGACGGAGAGUCAGAUAUUACCAUCUAUAACAAGGAACUCGCAGAUCGUGGAGAACUCUCAUGGUUCGACGCUCCAUGGUUAUUUGCGGAAUGCUACUUAUACCGUCGGAUGAGCACCCAUUUUGCCCUUUCUAAGCAUUGGAAAGAAUAUGAUGUCUUUGCACAGCAAAAGAUGUCAACUUUUAGAUCUUCUAGACCCGCUGUGCUUGAAUUAGCUACUCGGUACAAGGAUUUAUCCCAAGAUCUCAAGCAGAUACAUUCAAAGAGGGAUGAUAUGACCCCUGAGCAACAUCAGGAGGCUGAUAAGGUGCUAUUCACAGAGAUGUGUGAAAUUUGUCUGUGGGGAAAUGCUACGGAUCUCUCACUCUUGACGUCUCUUACGUAUGAGGACAUCCAAAAGCUUCAAGGUGCAGAAGCCCGAAAGAAGGCCGAGGCCAAUGUUCUGGUGAACGAUCUUCCAGCCGCAUUUGAACUUUUAAACAAGGCCCGAACGGAACGCAAAAAUGAAGAGCGUCGAGUAGACAUCGUUCUGGACAAUGCAGGUUUCGAGCUCUUCGUUGACCUCAUCCUAGCAGGCUAUCUUCUCUCUUCGGGAUUGGCAACAUGUGUUGUCCUUCAUCCCAAAUCAAUUCCAUGGUUUGUGUCUGAUGUUCUGCCACGGGAUUUUGGAGACCUGAUUGCCCUUCUUUCUGAUCCGCAGAGCUUCUUCAGCAGCACUGGAGAAGAAUCUGGGGAGGAAAAGAAACCACAGCCUCUCACAGACAAGGAAGUAGAUGAGUUGAAGUAUCUAUUCCAGCAAUGGGGUGAUUUCCAUGCGGAAGGGCAGUUGAUUAUUAGACCGAACCGAUUCUGGACAACAGCGUCAAGCUAUUGGCGGCUACCACAUGAGGCUCCUAGUCUCUAUGAAGAUCUAAAAGAAAGUGAAUUAGUCAUCUUCAAGGGAGACCUGAACUAUCGAAAGUUGACAGCAGAUGCUCACUGGGACCCAACUACUCCCUUUGACACGGCAAUUGGACCACUUGGCCAAGGUUCAGGGGUUAGGGUUCUCGCUCUCCGCACUUGUAAGGCUGACGUUGUCGUUGGUCUCGAGAAAGGUGAAGAUGAGCGCUUGCGUAACAUGCCAAAUGGGGGAGGUGACUCUGGUUCUCGGAAAUGGGCCUGGAGCGGGAAAUGGGCUGUCGUUUCACUUUGUGACGGGAAGAAAAAGGAAUAA